AUGCCGCUCUACAACGUCACUCUGAAGAAAGACUCCCCCCCCGAGGAGCUGCAAAAGGCCAAAGAGCAGGUGAGGAAGGAGGGCGGCACCAUCAAGCACGAAUACACUCUCAUCAAGGGCUUCACUGUCGAUUUCUCAGAUGACCUGGUCCGAACUUUCGAAUCAUCCGAGCACAUCCACGUCGAGCAAGAUGGCGAGAUGAGGACCCAGUAA